AUGUCGUAUUUUAACUCAACUUGUUUCAAGAAGGAAAAUAUUCGAAAGGUGAAAGGAUGGAAAAUUGUGGAUAAAAAUUAUAAGGAACAAAAAUACAAAAAUCUUUUUACUUUCCAAAUUCUCCCAGUAUUAGCAAUGAGAAAAAGUAUGCAGGAUAUUUGGGGAUGUGAUGGAGAAUGUGAUAAAGAAGCCCAAAUGCAAAGGUGUGAGAAAAUGUUCGUUAAAUUUUCAAAUCAAGACUUUAAACUUCUCGUUCCUUUUAAUCAAAACAAAAAGACUAUAGAACAGACUAAAAGGCAAACAAAAACUUUUGGGCAAUUUGAGAACAUUUCAACAACUUUAAUACUUGUUAGCUCUAUAAUUAUUUUGAUUGUAUCAACUGUUUGCUGUUCUAUUUGUUUAUUUUUGUCCAACAUUUCAAAUGAAGGGGAGGGAAAGACUGAAAAUUUGUAAUUGUAAAUGGUGGUUGUUAUCAGAGGUGGGUCGGAACAGUCAGAGGUGUC